CGCGGGGGGCAAAUGUGGAAUUAACCCAAUGCACUAAUGAAAGCAGAAUUCCAUUUUUCCCAUUUUUUUAAGCCCAAAAGCACACAGCUGGAGCUCACGGAGCUGCUCCCUCUCUCUCUCUCUCUCAAGAAGAAACAUGCAGAGGCAAUCUCUGGGCUCGCCAGUCUCGAAGCUCCACAGCCAUGGCGGAGCAGCAGUAGCAGUGACCAGAGAGGACGUUACCGCCGCAGAAGAAGCUAAGAGGAGAGAUUCCUUUUCUGUUUCGUCCGUCCUCUCCGAGUACGACGAUGAAGACCGCAAAGCCGCGAAGCUCCACCGACUGUCCACCUCCUCCCUGUUGCCUCCCAAGCCGGAGAAGUUCGUCCACCUCAUACCUGUCCUCACCGUCCUAUGCUUCCUCGUCCUCUACCUCUGCUCCCACAGUCCCUCUCAAACUGAUCUCGCUCAGUUCAACGGAUUUAAACGAUCGCCUAACCGAAUAGAUCCGGCCGAAGCAAUCGAUGAUAUCGACGGAUUGAGCGAACUCCAGAGGAGAAACGUCGUUGCAAUUCGAAGCCUGAGGAACUUGCAGGAGGUCAAGAAGCGGUCGUCAAAGUAUCAACUGAGCCGGAAACUCGGAGAUUUCUAGCUAAGCACGACGACUCAGCAUUUCUCUGUCUGGUUCCUAGUCCUUCCUUGUUUCAUCUUUUUUUUUUUUUUAUAUAUACUCAUUCCUCUCCUUCAGACCAGACGUCACUCUAUGCUACCGAUUCCACCCCCGUCCAUGCCUGAAGGAGAGAUCGAUCUUCGUCUACAAUUGAAUUGCCACAUUUUCAAUUCUACUGUACAUCAAUCAAUAAAUUCACUUCUUACUGUAAACAGUGCUUAUCUAUGUGCUUCCGAUUGAUCGUCA